CCUCUCAAGAUUCCUUAACUAGAAUCUCCCAAGUUAUGGCUCUUAACAUAACGGGCAUUAAAACAGCCUCUGAUGGAAUUCUACAAGGUGAUAACGCUCUUCACACUGCCUUCCCUUUACUCAUUAUACAAACGACGUUAAUCCUAGUGGUCACCCGCCUCCUCGCUUUCGCCUUCAAGCCUCUCCGUCAGCCCAAAGUCAUUGCUGAGAUUGUGGGAGGAAUAUUGUUGGGGCCAUCAGUGUUCGGAAGGAAUGAGCAGUACAUGGAAAAAGUGUUCCCACAUUGGAGCACACCUAUCCUAGAAUCAGUUGCGAGCAUUGGUCUCCUAUUUUUCUUAUUCCUUGUAGGACUUGAGUUAGAUCUGUCCUCUAUCCGCCGCAGUGGGCGGGAAGCCUUCCUCAUUGCUCUUGCAGGGAUAAGCCUCCCCUUUGUCGGCGGGGCCGCAGUGGCUGUUGUGCUCCGCCGCACCAUUGAGGGAGCGGAUCGAGCUGGGUAUGGCCCCUUCCUCGUUUUCAUGGGUGUUUCGCUCUCCAUCACCGCCUUCCCGGUGUUGGCACGUAUCUUGGCCGAACUUAAGCUCCUUACUACAAGGGUAGGGGAGACAGCCAUGGCAGCGGCCGCAUUCAAUGACGUGGCUGCAUGGAUUCUCCUAGCCCUUGCUGUUGCUCUUGCGGGAAGCGGCAUGGAGGGAGGCCAUAGUAGCAGCCCAUUGGUGUCACUUUGGGUCCUCUUAUCUGGGGUAGGGUUCGUUCUCUUCAUGUUCCUUGCUGUGAAGCCCUUGAUGAGCUGGAUGAUUCGAAGGUGCUCGGCGGAACAAGACGUAGUGGACGAGGCGUACAUCACUCUAACCCUAGCCGGGGUACUAGUAGCCGGGUUCAUGACAGAUUUUAUAGGGAUUCAUUCUAUAUUUGGUGCUUUCAUAUUUGGACUGAUUAUCCCAAAAGAAGGAAAUUUUGCAGAAAAACUCCUAGAGAGAAUUGAAGACUUUGUUUCAGGCUUGUUAUUACCGCUAUACUUCGCGUCCAGCGGCCUUAAGACAGAUGUGACCAAGAUCCAAGGCGCCGUGGCGUGGGGCUUACUAGUCUUAGUGAUUGCUGUUGCCUGCUUCGGCAAGAUUUUGGGGACAUUUGUGGUGGCCAAGUGUUGUCGAAUGAAGGCUCGGGAGGCGCUGGCCCUUGGUGUGUUGAUGAAUACAAAGGGCUUGGUGGAACUCAUCGUUCUCAAUAUAGGCAAAGAAAAAAAGGUACUUAAUGAUGAGAUGUUUGCAAUUCUAGUUUUAAUGGCACUCUUCACUACUUUUAUAACCACACCAAUUGUCAUGGCAAUAUACAAACCAGCUAAACACGGUGAUCAAACCCCAAAAAGGAAACUUCAACCAGACCACUCUAUAAAUGAAUCUACAUCUACCCCCAACUCCUCUAAAGAACAGUUCAGAAUACUAGCAUGCGCACAUGGAGCAGGCAACGUGUCUGGCCUCAUCAACCUCAUUGAAUUAACUCGAAGUACAUCUACCAAGAGCAAACUUAAGCUCUAUGUCAUGCACCUGGUGGAGCUCACUGAGCGAUCCUCCUCCAUCAUCAUGGUCCAACGCCUACGCCGCAACGGACUACCUUUCAUCGACCCCACCCGACGUCGCAGCCGUGUUGAGGUCCACGACCGUGUGGCCUCCGCCUUCGAGACGUACGCUCAAUUAGGCCGCGUAAUGGUCCGUCCUGUCACGGCGAUUUCGGCCAUUUCCACAAUGCAUGAGGACAUUCGCCAUGUCGCCGAGGGGAAGAGGGUUAUGAUGAUAAUACUACCGUUUCAGAAGAUGUGGAGGAAAGAGGAGGAGGGUGGGGAGUUGAAAAUGGUGGAGAAUUUAGGACAUGGAUGGAGAGGUGUGAACCAAAGGGUGUUGAAGAGUACUCCUUGUUCAGUUGCGGUUUUUGUGGAUCGUGGAUUUGGUGCGGCCCAAGAUAAUGAAACAAUGGCGGCCCAAGGAAAAAGAGUUUGUGUUGUUUUCUUUGGUGGGCCAGAUGAUCGAGAGGCUUUGGAACUUGGGGCACGGAUGGCAGACCAUCCUGUGAUUAGAAUCACAGUUUUGAGGUUCACAGAAAAUGAAGGGAUGGAUGCUAACAAUGUUAAGUUAAUGCCAUCUCCUGAGAAAUGUGGUGAUACUAAUUAUACAUUCUCAGUAGCUGCCAUAAAUCGCACCGAAGAGAAGGCGAUAGAUGAUGCGACGGUGGAAAAUUUCCGGCACAAGUGUGCUGAAACAGUGGAGUAUAUAGACAAGAAGGCCAACAAUAUCGAAGAGGAAAUGCUAGCACUAGGUCGAAGUGGUAAUUACGACCUGAUUGUGGUAGGAAAAGGUCGUUUCCCUUCUACAAUGGUCGCUGAAUUAGCAGAACGCCAAGCUGAGCAUGCUGAGUUAGGGCCUAUAGGUGAUAUCCUGUCAUCAACAAACAGUGGCGUUGUGUCGUCGGUGUUGGUCGUUCAACAACAUGAUUUGGCACAUGUUGAGGAGCUGCCAGUUUGUACGGUGGUUGAUAGUCCAACAGAUGAGGAUGAUGUUAUUAACCAAGUUUGAUGGUCUGCAAUGCACAUAGUUUUCAAUAACAUAGUCAAGAAUGUGAUAAUUAAUUAGUGUCUUUUUCCUUAUCAUUUAAAAAAUGGAAACAUUAAGGUAUCAACCAUAACAUCAACCAGAGUAUUUGGUAAUAGUUUUCAUAGACAAACAACUUUAUCCAUGUGGCUCUAGAGAACUUCAUGAUGGAUUGGAAUUUCCUUGUAGAUCAUGUCCACAUUGGUGUAUAUAUGCUCUCAUGGACUAUUUCACAUAGUACUCGAUUAAUACAUGUAAUUUUACCUAUUUAAUGAAGUUUUGCAAAUUCUGAUA